AUGCUGGCCCCUUCUUUAAGAGCGGCCAUUGCUAGGCGAUCUCUGCACACGUCGAAAAUUGUUUCGAUGCGUGGACCACUGACAUUUGAUGGAUGGUACCCCCGUGAUCACAAGCCAAAUGCACCACCAAAAAAUGAGGAAGAGCGCCGCGCCGCUGCAAUCAAAUACGGAUUGCGUCCGGAAGACUAUCGUCCAAUCGAUAAAGACGAUGUCGUUAGAUUUGCGGGAGAUUAUCCAGAGCUUGGAGUGAUUACCUAUGAUCAUAAAGAUCCUUAUGAAGCAUGGUCUGAUAGACAAAAUCGCAGAAAUUGGGGAGAAUUGGUCGGAAUUGACAUGAUGCGUUACCGUGGAGAUAGAUUGACGUUCACAGGAUUGGAGGCUGAAGACUUCACAACUUGGGGAUCAAUUAUUAUGUGUCUUCGAGUUCUCGUUCCAAUGGCACUUAUUACUUGGUAUUUCUGCACAGACCAUCCGAAUGCCCUUCGUUGGAGAAAUCCUGUGAUGCCAAAACAAUACCCUUACGAUUUCCAUCGAGCUUAUCCGUUUGAAGAUCCGCAAAGAUAUCCAAUCACCAACUAUUCCUUCGAUUUGGAAUAA